AUGCCCUAUGUCUGGUACGACGUUCCGGGCGCCGGGACGCUGACCAUUCCCGACUGGCAGUACUUCACCGAGCAAGGGUUGUACAUCUUCAACUGCAUCAUCGUCAUCUUCGACAACCGCUUCACAGCCACCGAUAUCGCCAUCCUCCGCAACUGCGUACGAUUCCAGAUCCCGGCCUUCAUCGUCCGCUCCAAGUCAGGCCAGCACAUUCAGAACAUCGCGAACGACCUGGGCGGUGGCGAUGAUGACGAUGGCGACGACAGCGACGAGGAGGGGGAUCGAGAAGGCGAACUGGAGCGCAUGGCGACGGCGCGCGACCGUUAUCUUCGGGAGACUCGUACGAGUGUUGCGCGAAACCUGGAGGAGGCGGGCCUGCUUGCGCAGCGGGUGUACGCGGUCGAUAAGGACGUUCUGCUGAAGGUGGUCAGGGGGAGGACGUCCCGUAAAUGCAUUGAUGAGGAGGCCCUGCUCAGGGACAUGUUUGCACUGGCAAAUAAUGAUUGGGCAUCACAGGCAACGGAUGAUGCCCAGGCUUGA